GCCGCAAAGAAAAAACAUGACAUCUUUUCCUUUCCAAGACGACGACGAGGAAAGCGACAUAGACGAAGCGAAGAUGCUCCUCAUAGGCGAGAAUGGUAUGGACAGUGAGAGUUUGUCUCCUGCUCCUCUGCCUGACGGUGCACGGGAGUUCCAGCAGUACAACAUCAGGUCCAUCGAGUCAACGGUCGUGAUCCGUCAGCUGACGUCACAGGGUCUCUCCUUCCAGCUCUGGCCAGCCGCUUCUAGUUUCGUAACGCUGCUGGAUAACUACCGACUUGACCCAAGCAACAGCCCGCUCACCGCCACACUCUCGCCGCUGGCGAAAUCAUCUCCACUGAACAUACUCGAGCUCGGAUCUGGAACCGGCGUCGUCGGAAUCGCUGCGGCAAUCACUCUCUCUGCGAACGUCACGGUGACGGAUCUCCCGCACGUCUUGGACAAUCUCAAUUUCAACGCCGAAGCGAACGCUGAAGUUGUGGCGAGGUUCGGCGGGAAAGUCCACGUGGCGCCAGUCCGUUGGGGAGAAGCUGAUGACGUGGAGGUUCUAGGUGGGGACGUUGACUUGAUUGUGGCGUCGGACGUGGUGUACCACGACCAUCUCUACGAGCCUCUGCUGGAAACGCUGCGUUUGAUGACGGCGGCAAUGCAGUUAGAGGGGAAGAGGUUAGUAUUCCUGAUGGCUCAUCUAAGGAGGUGGAAGAAAGAAUCCGUCUUCUUCAAGAAAGCUCGGAAGCUCUUCCAUGUCCAAGUUAUACACUCUGAUGUUCCUCAACAAGGCUCUCGAAUCGGUGUUGUGGUUUACCGUUUUGCUGCGAAACAGCCGCCAAAUGAGAAUGGUCGGACUGUUUCAUGUUAACAACAAAGACGCAGUUGCAUAUUUUUCUGAAACCAACGAUUUCCUUGAUAAAUUUUUUACAAAAUAUGAUUUGUCAAUUCGAUUCA